AUGAAGAAGGUGAACAUGGCAUCUCUCUUGGGCAUCUUCUGCACUUCUGCGAUGGCGAUCUUGGCCGCCAUGAGCGUGGGGGUCAUAGCCGUGAAGGAAUUCAAAGUGGGCGGUAAAGGGGGUUGGAUGGUACCUGAUGCCACCAACACUGCAAUGUAUAGUCAGUGGGCUGAAAGGCACAGAUUUCAUAUUGGAGAUUCUCUCACUUUUGAGUACAAUAAUGAUUCAGUUCUUGUGGUGGACAAAUAUGACUACUACCACUGCAACACAACCGACCCUAUCACUGCCUUCAGCGGUGGGAACAGAGCUGUAGUGAAGCUUGAUAGGCCUGGCCCUUUCUACUUCAUUAGUGGUGCUCCUGAUCACUGCAACAACGGCCAGCGGUUACUUGUUGAUGUGAUGUCUCCACACCGACGGCACCCGAUUGCUCCGUCACCUCCGUCGGUUGCUUUUCCACCUGAGACGGACAAGCAGGGGCCCUCUCCUUCCCCAUCAACAAGCUCAGGAGUUGUAGUUUCAGCCACGCUUAGUUCAGUCUCUAGGGUUCUUAUUGCCGGAUUUGUGACUUUUCUAUGGUCUGCACUACUGUAG